AUCUAAGUUAGUGGACACAAUAAUAGGAACAAACUGAGAGCAAAGUGUGCAUUCGAACAAGCAUCAUGGCCAUCACACUGCUGCUCUUGUUCAUCUUAAACGGAGCCGAUUGCACUCACAUUGUUGGAGGCAGAGACGCUCCACCACACUCGAGACCGUACAUGGCCUCGCUGCAGGUGCAAGGGCAGCACAUUUGUGGAGGGUCCCUGGUCAAGGAAGACUUUGUCCUGACAGCAGCACACUGCAGGAUAGGCCGCCGACUCACUGUAGUGCUGGGGGUAGACUCCCUGACAGGCGAUGAGUCCACCAAGCAGGUGUUUACCGCGAUUAGAGACAUCCCGCAUCCUGCGUAUGAUGGUCAUGAAAACGACAUAAUGCUCCUGAAGCUCAACGGCAGCGCCACAUUGACCGAUGCGGUUCAGCUGAUCGCUCCUAAAAGACGGCGUGUGGGAAGACGGAGCAGCUGCAUCACCGCCGGUUGGGGGGACAUCGGUGAUAACAACACCUUGCCGAACACUCUUCAGGAGGUCAACGUCACUCUACUGUCGCUGCGUGCCUGUCGCCGACGAUGGGGGUCGGUUCCCAUCUUCAGGACCAUGGUGUGCGGAACUGGCUCUCGUGAAUUUCAGGGCUUCUGCUCGGGUGAUUCCGGUGGUCCCUUGAUCUGCGGCAACGAGACGGCAGGGGUGGUGUCGUUCUCUGGCCGCCGCUGUGGAAACCCUAGGACCCCUGAUGUCUAUACGCGUGUCUCGUCCUUCACUGACUGGAUUUCCAGUGUUUUGAACAGCAAUUCCACAAAUGAACGCCAAGAUGUGUAACAUAAUUACAUCUAGUUGCACAACUCAUGCGCUAGUGCUGAAGCUGUUACGGCAUGAUAAUCAAUUAUGUUUACAUGUCACUUUAUUUGCUGUGCAGUAUUCAUUAAACAUGCUUUGGAGAGUCUGGUUUAGUGUUUAUUUU